AUGAACGAAAUUCCGGAGGAGCUGAAGACGAACAUCUUGCGGAGGCUUCCUAUCGCAGCAUGCAUUGCCCGAUGCCGAUGCGUCUGUAAAUCAUGGCGGGAUCUCCUCUCCGACCCCUCUUUCUUGCGGCAGAAUGAUCUGUUCAUCGGAACUGCCGGUACCGAAGGAAAUUAUUCGGAUUCUUGUUCUGGAACUUUGAUUACACUCUUCGAUGGCAACGAAUUGAGGUCAGUCUACUCUUGCGAUACGCUUGAACCCUUGCUUCCCUCCUCCUCGACGGGGAUGUCGUUACAGUUACCCUCCGAUGGGGACGAGUACCCCAAUUUGUCAGUUGUAGGAUGUUGCAAUGGUCUCCUGUGCCUAGCCACCAAAGAAAGCUUUUACCUGCCCGUCGUCCCGUGUUUGAUUCUUUGGAAUCCGAAGACCUCGGAAACCAAGGUUCUGCCGCCUACCCUUUUCGACCCGCCUGUGGAUUCCGAUUGGUGGGUUAGUAUAACUGGGUUCGGUUUCGAUUCGGAAUCAGAUGACUACAAAAUUGUUAGGCAAAUUACAUUUGUUGAUGACGAAUGGGAGGAUUUUCAGGAAGUGUACAGCUUGAGGAACGAUUCAUGGAGAAAAUUGGAUGUCUCCAUCCAUUUAGUUGCAUCUUCGCGAAUACCCAAGCUUUACGAGGGGAAUUUGUACUGGUGGCACUUGUUCCUAAAAGCUACUCAGUUUUUUUGGUUCGACAUGAGCAAGGAAGUGUUCGAAAUGGUGGAAGCGAGCAAUCCUGUUCCGGGAGAUUGGAAAGUGGAGUCUCUGUUGACGUUGUCAAAGCAGGAAGAGUCGAUGGUAGCGCUUUGUUCCGUUGGGAGCAAUUCUUGGGAGGUAUGGGGGCUUUUGAAGUUAUGGGUAUCAGAAUCGUGGACAAAGUUGUUUACCCUCACAGUCGCCAUUCCCCCUGGUGUUGAUCACCUCAACUUCCUUGGAUUUACCAGAAGAUGCAAGUAUAUUUUCAGAGCAUUGUCCGAGCAAGACGAUGAUGAAAAUCCUCAAUGGUCCAUUACAGUUCAUGAUGAGGAUUCGAAAGUUCAGGUUAUUGAUAUUCAGUCGCCAAGAGCAUAUACUCAAGUCAUUAUUUAUGUCCCCUCUCAAGUUUCUUUGCGCACGUAG